CAAGCCUACCUAUUCUCAUGAAACGGAAACUUACCGUUGCCUGGUUACGCUUGCACGGUCACAAUAGCCUACUCUGCGGUUUGUUAGCUGCAGGAAAGCGGUGGCUACAGGUAAAAUGCAGAACGUAAGCGAUGAAGGCCAACAUGACGAAGACCACCUGAAUACACAAGAUGGCGCUAGUGCGAAUCCAUCAGCACAGCAGUCAGAUGAUGUCAGUCAUGAUUCUGAUCUUGAUCCAAAUAUGACAGCUGAUCAGUUGAGCGUUGGCACAUCAGAAGAUGACAGGGGACCAGAACAUGACGAGGACUCGCCACAAGAAGAAGGAAAUGAAGACCUCGUCAUCCUAGACCCUGACCAUCCGCUGAUCAAAAGAUUUCAAGAAGCUAUCAAAAUUUACUUCAAAAGACGUCUGGAAGAACUCAAGCAGGAAGUGAAGGGAAAGCGGCCAGUCAAAAUGAUGGAAAAAAAAAUGGUAGCUGACACAGGUAUAGAAUUGAAUAAACUAAGCGACAAGCUGAAAGUAGCUGAAAGCAAACUGCAGGAGAUUCAAGAAUCCAAGACAAAGACUGAAGCUGAACUGAAGAGUGAACAAGAUCAUCUGGAAAAGGCAAAGAGCACUUAUCAUGACAUGAAAAAUCGGAGCCGUCAAGCCAGCGCUCUGGCGUUUGCAAGGCAGGCGGACUUAGACAAAAAGCAUCAGCAGGUCAUUUUCGCUCAAGCAGCCAGUGAGGAACUACAGUCCCAAGUCAAAGUCAUUGAUUAUACCAAAUACAAAGUGGGCACACAGAAGACAAAGGCAGAAGAAGAUAAAAUAAAGCAGGACUUGUAUGUAGAUCAUCUGACAAAAGACUUGGAGAAGAAGACAUGGCAGGCGGCCGAGUAUGAGGUCCAGAGAAGUGCUCAAGCCCAGGAGACAGGAGACGUCACCAGAGCACUCUCUGAGGCUGAGAUGGAAAUGGAAUCGCUGCUAAUGAUGCAUAAGAAGUUGCUGCAGCAGUGGAACAGCAACAUAACAGACAUAAAGAGACAUGAUGAGACUGUUAAUGCGAUGCAGGAAGCUGUACGUGCGGUUGAGGAUGACGUGGUCCUGCUGGACAGAGAGAUUGAAGGUUAUAAGAAAUCCAUCAAUGAAGAGCUGGAGAAUAAUGAGACACUGACCGUUCAGCUGAACCGGAGUUCAAUGGAUUGUGUGACUGUGGAAAAACUGAUCAAUAAGAAAAAGUUGGAACGAGAGGCACUGCAGGCUCAGUACACCGCCUGUCUAAAAUCCCUGGCUGAGACAAAGCAAAUCUUUGCUACGCUCACAAAAGAUAUGAUUGAACAUCAAACUGAACUAAACAGCCAGAAGAACCAGCUAGAGAAACUGAGUGCUGCACGUUUGGAGCUGGAAGAGAAAAUCAUGUCCUUCAUUCAGCAGCAUCUCACACACAGCAAGGCGGCUUCACAUUCACAAAAUCUCACAAGCAAGUUGCUCACUCGAAAGAUGGAGAAGAUGAAUCAGCUGCAGAGGCAGGAAACAGACACCUUGUCAGUGAAGCUGGAGUGCCAGAAGGUUGAGCAGCAUGUCAACAGACUGACCAUUUCCGUGGAGAGCCUUGAUGAGGAGAUUAAUAAGUACAACAGGUUACUGAAUUCACAUGAGAAUACAUUUGCCUCCCUUGUUCGACAAAUGAGGCAGAAAGAAACAGCGAUCAACACCCUAAAAAUCAGGAUUGCUAAAAUUGUGGAGAUCACUGGGCAUGAAGAUAUGCACCCUCUGCAAAUCAAGAUCCAGAAUAUAACGGCUGAGAUUGAUGAGCUUGUUGCCCACAUCAAGAAUGAGCAGCGCCUCUGGUUGCUGCACCAGGGAACCCUGGUGGGACUGACCAGAGAGUUGGAUGUCAACAACAAGAAGAUGCGCAAACUGCAGAAAGACUGCACUGGACUACAAAUGAAGGAUAUCCGACUAGAUUGUCAGACUAAACAAGAGGAACGAGAGCUGGCAGAGCUGGAGAAGGGCUCGAUGCAGCUGAGGAAAGACCUCGAGAAGCUCUGCAAGCUGAAGAUGAAGAACAAAGAGCGAAAUGAGACACUGGAGUUGGAAAACCUAGAGAUGGAGACAGACUUCAGGAACAAACUCAAGGAUGCUGAAGAGCAAUCUGCCAGUCUUCACAUGAAACUUGAGGCCACUCAGGAGGAAAAAGAGAACCUCCUCAAGUGUCUGUUGGAGGCUAAGCAGCAGAUCAUGCUGUGGGAGAGGAAGACCCAUAUUCUAAAGGAGACUCGGUCAGUGGUGGAGUUCGACAUUAGCCAGGGAGACAUCCAGAAGAUGAAUACUGAAAUGCAUCGGAUGGAGUUACAUAUCGACAAGCUGAAAAGACGACAAGAGCAGUUGAUGAGGGAAAGCGAGAAAGCCGUGGAGAGAAGAGAAUACCUUGACAUACGCAAGGAUGCCAUGAUCCGAGAUUGCCGCAAAAACCUUGCAAAGGCAGAACUGAAACGUUCCAGCGCUGGCCUGCAGAAAAAAAUCGCUAAAACAUUAAAUGAGUUUGAUGAUUGUGAAGAGGAGGUGAAGGAGCUUGAGAACAAGAAAACUCUCCUGAGAGAGAAUAUUCAGCUGCAAACGCAACAUGUAACUGAGUUGUUAAACACCGCCACAAAGACCAGCAAUAACUUUCAAAACCUCCGGGAUAACAAAGACAUGAACCAGACUUUCAUAAUUGCUAUGCAGGAUCGAAACAAGAAGCUGCAGGCCGUUUGCAAGGGGAGCUACAAACUGUCAUCCAGCAGCGAAACAAUCAUAGCCUCUCUGCAGAGCCAGAAGGAGCACCUGGAGGAGUGCAGCAAGGUCUUGAAGCAAAGCUGUGAGGACUUCCCUCAGCACCAGGGGGCGCUGCACCCUGUGACACAGGCGGCAAUAGCUUAUAUAAAAAUUGCCAACCAGUAAUGUUCUAAGAGUGAGGCGGUGACUGAAACAUAACAGUGAGUAAACAAAGGCAUGUGAAUGUGCAAAUACCCAAUUUACUGGUUUAUUUGAAUGUUUUUUUCUUCACUGUAAUGUUUGGAUUUAGUUAUUUGUUUUGAAACAACAUGUUUCCUUAUAGACUUUGGAAGAGAAAUGCAAAAAAGAAAAUAGUUUAUGAAGUUGUCAGUUUCUUCUUGGAAUUAAUAUGUAAUUUACUUUAUGAAGUAAAGUUCAAUGUAUUCACGUUU